CAGUUCAGUAGGUAGCUGUUGUCCACAUUAACAAGGCACUAUUUUGGAAGCACUUUGACAACUUGUCGCUGCUCGAUGUCAUUCGGUUCGCCCGUUUUCAACGAGACGUCUGAGGUGUUCCGUUAAGCUAUAAACCAGCACAGAACCAACCUACAAACUUUAAACAGCAACUCUGGCUUCAUUUGAAAAUUAGCUCCAUUUUCAUAGUGUUUUCCUGUUUGGCAGCUUCAGGCAACUACAGACGUCAAAGUUUUUCUCCUCCUCUGGCUGACGCUUCCAAAAACACCGACAUUAGUAAAACCUCAACGUCGUUUAUUUGGCAUUUUGAUUUUUUUUUAUUAAUUUUUGUGCUAACGUUAGCCUACUUUUUAUAUUUCCUCCACACAAAGCUACAAUCAUCAAACAUUUUCCUGUCCGGGGAAGUUUUCUUUUCUUGUUUUACAAACAAACUAAAUAAUAUUGGAAGGACUUUUAAAUAUUUAAACGAUUGUUUCACUCGAAUCGGUUUUAAAGGAGUGUUUAGCAGACCAGAAGUGUUAGCCAUCAGUAGCUAGCUUCCACCAAGCCCUUUAAAUCAUCAUCUGAGUGCUCAGCAGGGAAGACAGCAGUUUUUAACUGAUUGGUGCUUUACGCUGUUGGACCUUUAACUUUUAAAUAUACCAGAGUUAAACAGCUAUUGUGACUCCAAAGGACUCAGCUUCGUCUUUUUUAAGUAAAAGCUGCGAGCAAAGCCAAAGCAGAUCGUUGAAGGAGAAUCUGGGGAAGGACCUGAGGCAGGUUGGAUACACCUACGGAAUCCCUGUUCGGAUUGUUUUAAUAUUCCUGUUAUUGUUGAAGAUGGCGGCGAUUGGAAUGGUGCAGAUGUUGAUCGAAGCAGCUGAAUACCUCGAUCGCAGAGAAAGAGAAGCUGAACAUGGCUAUGCCUCCAUGCCGCCCUUCAUCAGCAGUCGGGAGAGGGAAAGCUUGAAAAGGAAAAACAAGAGCAAGAAAAACAUAAGUAGCAGGUCUACACACAAUGAGAUGGAAAAGAACAGACGGGCACAUCUACGGCUGUGCUUGGAGCGCUUGAAAUCUCUCGUUCCUUUGGGACCAGAUGCCAACAGGCACACCACCCUCAGCCUGCUGAUGAAGGCCAAAGAACAUAUAAAGCGGUUAGAGGAGAGUGACAGGAAAGCUCAGCACACUUUGGAACAGCUACAGCGGGAACGGAGACACCUGAGGCGGCGCCUGGAGCAGCUGGGAGUGGAGAGGACCCGCAUGGACAGCACCGGUUCUACCCGGUCCUCAGACAAGUCUGACUCUGACCAGGAGGACCUGGAUGUGGAUGUGGAGGGGACGGACUACCUGCUGGGUGACCUGGAGUGGAGCACCAGCAGUGUGAGUGACUCAGGGGACGAGCGAGGCAGCCUGCGCAGCAGCUGCAGCGAUGAGGGCUACUCUAGCGCCAGCCUGCAGCGCCUGCAGGACACUCAGGAGACGGCCAAGCAGCUGGGCUGCAGCCUAUAAACAGCCUGGAUCAGCGAGCCAAUGGCCACCUCCCCUCAGUCAAUAACCCGCCUUCUACCUGCUCAACCCCCCCCACUUCACCUCCUCAUCCCCCCGUAAGGACUGACCAAGCCUCUUCUGCAGUAAAGUCUGACUUGCAUUCAGACUGUAACGGCUCUGAGACUCCCACGCACAUCCAGCUCUUCAUCAGCGGUCAGUCUUAAGGGCGUCGCCCGCUCCACUCCGUGCCAAUCAAACGAGCGGGUUUCUUAAGAUGCCCCGCCCCUGUUAUCCUUCUGUCCUCCAAAAA